CUGGGCUUGCCACCACCGCCUCCGCCACCUCAAGGAGCUCAGCUGCACAGGCUCGGCGGAGGUCCUCCGACACACCACAACGGCGUGGCCGCCGCUGCUGGACUGCGGCCCUUGGGCGCACCCCCUGCCAAGCCGCAGCCGCACCGCAGUUCUGCCGGCAAGAAGCUGCUCGACAAGGGCUCCGACGAGUACCGCCGCCGCCGCGAGCGCAACAACAUCGCCGUGCGCAAGUCCCGCGAGAAGGCCAAGCAGCGCUCCCGGGACACCGAGCGCAAAGUGUCCGAGCUGAACCGCGAAGACUCGCUGCGCAAGAAGGUCGAGCUGCUCACCAAGGAGUUGGCCGUGCUCAAGUUGCUCACCAACGUGGGCGUGCCACCGGAGAACGUCGACUCCGAGAUCGCGAUGCAUUAA